AUGACAAGCGGACAGUGCGGGCGGCGGGCGCGGCUGCGAACGGCGGGCGGCGGGCGGCGGUGGGCGGGCGGCGGUGGCGGGCGACGGUGGCGGCGCGGGCACGAGCGGCAGCGGCGGGCGGCGGUGUGGCGGCGGGCGCGGUGGCGGCGGGCGGGCGGCGGCGGCGGUGGCGGCGGCGGUAGCGGGCGGCGUGGCGGGCGGAGGGCGGCGGGCGGCAGGCGGCGGCGGCGGUGGUGGGCGGCGGCGGCGUGGCGGCGCGGCGGCGGGCGCGGUGGCGGCGGCGGUGCGGGCGCGGGCGCGGGCGGGCGGGCGGCGUGGCGGGGGCGGUGGCGGGCGGCGGGCGGCGGCAGCGGGCCGGCGGUGGCGGGCGGCGGUGUGUUUACUGGUUUUGGCAAAGCGAGCGCGGGGAAGGGCGUCUUUGUCCGCGCAGUGCGCGCUGCAAUUUGCUUUGGCGCGCAAUGCGGUCCGCGCGUCCUUCUGGUGAAUAGCACGCGCGACUCCUUUCGCGCGCUGCAAAAAAUGAGGUGUCAGCGUCAAGGAGCGCAGCCCCCCCCCCUCUCGCCCUCCUCCUGCGCCCCAAGUGGCGACGCCUUCCGCCACCGGCCGCGCCAGCGCCCGCUGCCGCCACCUGCGCAAUUACGCCCCUUUGAGGACGUUCUCCUCAGCCGCUUUCUUUCGCGCGGCAAAAAGGGCUUUCCAUUUAUAUCUCGCAUCCGCCCCCUCCGCCCGUCGCCACCGCUCCGCUCUGCGCCCAAAUCCAUUACGCAAAGACCUCCUGCCUCCGCCUGCGCCCAGACCGCUGUCUCCGCUCCGUCACGCCACGCCCCUGCCCGAAAUCACACGCCCCUCGCGCGCCGUCCUCGGCCCGGUCACGCCUGCCCUGGCCCUCGCUGCCCCCCCGCCCCACCGCCGCCCGCCCGCCCGCCCUGCCCUGCCUUCCCAAUUCCGCCCUGUCUCGCCUUGGUCUCUCCUGACCCGCUGUCCGGCUCUGCUGCCGUGUGCCGCUCCUCCACAGCAACGUCCGCGCGAGGCGCCAGCGUGGGCGGCGUGGGCGUGGCGGCCGGCGCCGCCCCCGGGGCGGAGUUCAGCGCCGCCCCCGACCAGCCCGCCUUCGCCACCACGGGCAAGACGUACCGCAUCGUCACCAAGGACACCGUCGUGUUGCCCUGCGAGGUCACCAACGCCGGCAACUACGUGCUGGUGUGGAAGCGCGGCAUCGCCGUGCUGACGGCUGGCUCCACCAAGGUGAGCCCCGACGAGCGACUGCGCCUGGUGGACGGGUACAACCUGGAGAUCCGCGACGUUGCCACGUCGGACGCCGGCGACUACGUCUGCCAGAUCGGCACCAUGGAGCCAAAGGAGAUCACGCACACCGUCGAGAUUCUCGUGCCUCCGCGCAUCCACCAGGUGACGUCGAACGGGGAGCUGGACGUGAAGAAGGGGGCGACGGUGACGCUCGAGUGCCGAGCCUCGGGCAACCCCGUGCCCACCAUCACCUGGACCAGGAAGGUGGAAUUUCUGUUAUUGUCAAUGCCAGGUGUAGAUACUAAUUCAUACCACUCUUCGGAGGAAGAAAUGAGCUGA